AUAGAACAUCAUAAUUCAAAACCUAACUGUUUCCAAAAGCGAUUAUUGUAAUCUAUAAUCACUCACUUUCCACACUCUCUCUAAUCCCAUCCCUUAAUUAUCGUUCUUUCUCCUCUGUGUUGCGCCAUUCCUUUGUUCUCAGCUUCUUCUCCUUCGCCGGAACACUUCUCCGAACGAUCAAUUUUCCGGCAUUCUCUCCGGCGAUUCUUCUCCGAUUAUUCCUCACUCAGAUCCAUAGCUCUCACAAUCUCCGAACCACUUUUUUUCCUCUUCCAGAUCCGAAUCCCGGCGCGAAAAUCCGGGAAGAACGAACGAACCGUUCACCGUUGAUACAUGGAUUAGCAUCACCUCGAUGAAAACCUCUUCCACAAGCGUCUCACGAAACGAUUCGUUUUCCUCUUCCACAAAAUCACCACCAUCACCAUCACCAUCACCAUCAUCGUUCAGUCCUAGGGUUAGGGUUUUUUGCUCAGUACGACAAAAUGUUCAAGAAAAUCAUGAAAGGCGGGCACAAGAAGCCCGCUAAGUCCGACGCCAGCGAUCCGGUUCCGCCGCCGUACGCCGCCGCCAACCGUAGCGCUCCGGCGGCUCCCUCCGCCAAUGCCGUCUCCAACCACGCCUCGCGCAUCUCCUCGACCCCGCUGACACUCUCUUCCGGCGGCUCCAUCGAGCCGGUGCCGCUGUUCCGCGACGCUCCUGUCGCGGAACGCCAGAACCUCUUCCUCCGGAAGCUCCACGUGUGCUGCUACGUCCUCGACUUCUCCGACACGCUGAAGAACGUUAGGGAGAAAGAAAUCAAACGCCAGGCGCUCAUGGACCUCGUCGAUUUCAUCCAAUCCGGUUCCGGCAAGAUAAACGAGAAUUGCCAGGAAGAGAUGAUCAGGAUGAUCUCCGUCAACAUUUUCCGGUGCCUCCCUCCGGCGUCGCACGAAAACACCGGCCAAGAACCCACCGAUCCCGAGGAAGAAGAACCUUCCUUGGACCCUUCCUGGCCCCACCUUCAGCUCGUCUACGAACUUCUCCUCAGAUACAUUGUUUCCUCCGACACCGAUACGAAAAUCGCGAAACGGUACAUCGAUCACUCCUUCGUUCUUAAAUUGCUCGAUUUGUUUGACUCUGAGGACCCGCGCGAGAGAGAGUAUUUGAAAACCAUACUGCAUCGUAUAUACGGGAAAUUCAUGGUGCAUAGGCCCUUUAUUAGGAAAGCUAUUAACAACAUUUUUUACCGGUUUAUAUAUGAGACUGAGAGACACUCUGGCAUUGGGGAGCUUCUGGAGAUUCUCGGCAGCAUUAUUAAUGGGUUUGCCUUGCCCAUGAAGGAGGAGCACAAGUUGUUUCUUGUGAGGGCGCUUCUGCCUCUGCAUAAGCCGAAAUCGGUGGGGAUGUAUCAUCAGCAGUUGUCUUACUGCAUUACUCAGUUUGUGGAGAAGGAUUUCAAGCUCGCCGAUACGGUGAUCAGGGGGUUGUUGAAGUAUUGGCCGGUUACUAAUUGCCAGAAGGAGGUUCUCUUCCUUGGAGAACUUGAGGAGGUGCUGGAGGCCACGCAGGCCGCGGAGUUUCAACGUUGCAUGGUUCCUCUUUUUAGACAGAUUUCGCGCUGCCUCAAUAGCUCUCACUUUCAGGUUGCAGAACGAGCCCUCUUCUUGUGGAAUAACGAGCAUAUUGUGAGCUUAAUUGCCCAAAACAGGACUGUGAUACUACCGAUAAUAUUUGAAGCAUUUGAGAAAAAUAUUUCGAGUCAUUGGAAUCAGGCAGUGCAUGGACUGACCGUGAAUGUUCGCAAAAUGUUCCUGGAAAUGGACGCAGAAUUGUUUGAAGAGUGCCAGCGGAAGCAUGCAGAGAAAGAGGCUAAAGUCAAAGAACUAGCAGAGCAGCGGGAACUUAAUUGGAAGAGACUGGCAGAUGUGGCUGCACAGAACGGAGUGGAGGACAUGGUCACUUAGCCUUGUUAGUUUACUACCACAAGGAUGGUGAAUGUGCUCUUAUCCAUUUUGGUGCCAUUAUUUAUUGGUUUCUUUCUUUUCAGCCUAAUUUUUUUAUUUUUCCUCUUCUAUCUUAUUAUAUCAGUUGGAUCAUUAGCAAUUUUAAGAAAUCAGUGAUUAAUGUAACUUAUUGGAAGUUGUUAGCAAUGUCUGCAGAUUAAGAAUGUUUUGUGAAAUACUUUCUUGUAUUUUUCUCCUUUUAUAAAGAGAAAUACGGAAGAUUUUUCCCUUUUUUACUUUUCUUUUUCA